CAGUACAGAUCAAUCCAUCAAGGACAUUACUAGCAACAGGGGCAAGAAACACUUGUGAUAUUGCAGUGUAUCGACUGCCAACUCUGGAUCCAAUUUGUGUUGGGGAAACAGCGCAUAAAGAUUGGGUGUUUGAUAUGUGCUGGCUGGAUGAUGAAUACCUGGUGUCAGGAUCCAGGGAUACCAAAAUGGCGCUAUGGCGGGUACCUCCUGAUAUUGUCGAUCAGAAGAGUGAGAUUCCUCAACAUAGAACUGUUCUGCCUGUGCAUGUGAAAGAAUGCAAAACAGCAGCCAAGGUUCGAGCGAUAGUCUUUAAUAAAGCAUACGAUGAAAUAGCAGGACUUAGUUUGAAUGGAUACAUUCACAUCUGGAGCGCUGAAACUUUCAAACAAAAACUCUCGCGUAAACUUCCAUCGUCACAGGAGAAUGUUUGUUUAGCAGUUCAGGACAAUGGGCUGUAUGCCAUUGGGUGCCGGUCGUAUACACUGUUAAUGGACUGCCGCACAUUACAACCCAUCAAGAAAGUAUCAUCGCGUUAUUCUGGAUGCGGGAUACGAUCUGCAAGUUUCCAGGGUAAUGUUCUCACAAUUGGAACUGGUCUUGGUAUGUUGAUGUUCUAUGAUCUCAAGGCUGGGAAAUAUCUCGAAUCAAGUAUUAACUCAUCUCGAACAGUUGUACUCAAAGCCAGUAAAGGAUAUGUUUUUCCGGAUGAAGAAUACGUUGAUAAUAUCCAAAACGUGAAGUACGUCCCGGCGAUUUACACGCAUUGUUAUGAUUUUAGUGGUACGCGUCUUUUCACCGCUGGAGGUCCACUACCAGCGACAUUAACUGGAAACUAUGCUGGUUUAUGGCAGUGAAACUGACAUUUGUGUGUGGUUUUUAAGUAUUAACUUAUUGUUUUAUAUCACGGGUUUGCAAACUAUCGAUUUAAUGCAGUGUUUGUUAACUGAAGUGCUCGAAUUGAGGUUGAGUUAAAUUUGGGUACAAAUGGUGCGGUUAAAGACAUUCAAAAGCAAUGCUGUGCAGUUUUUGGUAAUACUUUAGCCGAUGCAGCAGAAACAGAAACACCCAGUAUGUUAAACUUAAACAAAUUUUUUUUUUCGUUUUUCAUGAGUUAACAAUCAUUUAUAUGGU